GAAGGAAAUAUCUCGGUUGGGUUGGUGUCGUUGGUGACUCGGUGGGACAUUAAGCAUACACAGCCGAGUUGGAGACACCAAGGACCUUUAUUCGGAAAGCUUGGAGGUUUCUAUCGCCAAUUUGAUUGAUCCAACCACAUUCCACGAUUUUGCUGAAGUCCAUUAAACCCUUGAACUGAAGGAGACAAGUGAUUCCGCAUAAACCUACUAG